AUGGUCUUCCUGCUCAGGCCUCUCAUAUCUCAGUCUCAUAUCCCUAAAAAUUCUCUGUCCAGACCCCCUCCACUCCCCACCUUAGUCCACCAGACAUAUACUUACCUUUACUUAACUCCAAGUAUCUGGGGAACCCAGGGCUCCCUCACAAUCCAGGAGACUUCCCCAGCCGCACAGGCACACGCACAGCCCAAUCUACAUAUCGCGGGGUGGGGAGGAGGCCCGGACUCCUCAGGACUCUGCCACCCCGUGUCCCCACCCCUCUCCAAACUUCUUUCUACGAUGGUGCUCUUCUUGGUCUCCUACAGGAGAAAGCCUCACUCUCUCCACCCAGUUCACUCCCUUUUUGGAAGGCACUUCUCAUCAUUUCAUCAAGAGAUGGCCUGUCCAGAUCGGUGCUAUGUUGGAGGGGGAGAAGGAUCUGACCCCUCUCUCCCUCAGGGGGUAACCUAG